GAGAGAGAGGGGGAGACACCUGAGGACAGAGUGCACUAGAACUGCCGCAAUUUAAAGGGAAACCCGCCGAGCGAGCUGUCAUGCAGUUUGAAGUUGUCAAACUCCUCCUGUUCCUGGGGUGCAUCGUCUGCCGGCCAGGGGUAGCAGUGUCAGACAGGGGGAAAUCACGAACCUCUCGAUGCGAUGGCCAAUCUUGCAAUCCUUCCGUUGGUAACCUGGCAACAGGGAGGACAGUGCAGACCCUUACCACUUGCGGCGACAAUGGUACAGAGUUAUACUGCUCCUUCCCGGGCGGCGAACGUCCUGGAGACCUUGGCUCGGUCUGCAGGCACACUAUGUGCACAAAAUGCAAUUCUAAUGAAUCGGAAUAUUCCCACCCAGCUUCAGACAUGAUGGACGAUUUCUUCCACCACCAGAGCAGUUGGUGGCAGUCUGCACAAGGUGUAUCUAGGGAAGAGAUCAGACUAGACCUGGAGACAGAAUUCUACCUGACACAUGCCAUCCUGGUCUUUAAGUCACCCAGACCAGCAGCCAUGGUGCUGGAGCGCUCCCAGGACUAUGGGCAGAGCUGGAGGCCCUACAAAUAUUUUGCCAGGAAUUGCACAGAGAUAUUUGGGAUGGUCGAUGACACACUGCAGGAGAGCUCGCUCUGCACCUCCAGGUACUCUGAUCCACUGCCCUGUUCCAAGGGAGAGGUGAUAUUCCGUGCCUUAUCCCCAGCCAACAGGAUUGAAAACCCUUACAGUCCCGAGGCUCAGGACAUCAUGAAGCUCACCAACCUCCGGCUGCACUUGCUGAAACAGCAGGAGUGCCCUUGCCAGCAUACAAGGCUGAUGGAGAAGCCCGAAAGAUUUGCUUAUUAUGCAGUCUAUGACUUGAUUGUCCGGGGGAGCUGUUUCUGUAAUGGACAUGCUGAAGACUGUCAGCCGUUGGAUGGGGCCAAGCAAGGAGACAGGAAGACAGCGGCCAUGGUGCAUGGGAAGUGCGUCUGCAGGCAUAACACAGCAGGAGACCACUGUGAGAGGUGCGCACCCCUCUACAAUGACCAGCCAUGGAAACCAGGGGAUGGAAAGACAGGGAGACCAAAUCAAUGUGCAAAAUGCCAAUGCCAUGGCCACGCGGAGAGCUGUGGCUUUGAUCCUAGAGUCUGGCUGGCAUCCGGCAAGCACAGUGGAGGAAUCUGCCAAUCCUGCCAGCACCAUACAGAGGGUCGUCAUUGCCAACGCUGCCAACCUGGUUAUUACAGAGACCGCAAGAAGCCGCUGUCAGCACCGGAUGUCUGCAAACCUUGUGCUUGCCACCCAGUGGGCUCGACAAACUCGACCUUUAACAGAAGCUGGAAGUGUGACCCAAAGAGUGGAUACUGCUACUGCCAGCCUGGAGUGGGUGACCCACAAUGUACCAGCUGCCUGAUGGGCUACUGGGGUUUUGCAGAGUCAGGCUGUAAGCCGUGCAACUGUGCAAGAGCCUGCGAUCCCCAAACUGGCCGAUGUCUGGACAACUUUGAAAAUGAACAAAUUUACAAUAUCCCCAUUGGUGGCCGAAUUCCGGACAUGAUCGACAUUCCAACCAAUGAGAGUGGGCAGGAUUGGAGCUGGGAAGAUGAGCAGGGAUUCUCAGCGCUCAGACAUUCUGUGAAGUGCGUCUGCAAGGAGACUCUGUUGGGAGAUGCCACAUAUUUUUGUCCAAUAAAGUACGCAUAUGUCAUCAAGGCGAGGGUUCUUUCUGCUCAUGACAAAGGAACUCACGCUGAGGUGGAUAUCAAAGUAAAGAAGGUGAUGAAAACUGGGAAAGUGAAAAUCACCCGUGGCAACUGGAGUAUCUAUCCCGAAUCCUGGACCAAGCGGGGAUGUACAUGUCCCUUACUCAACCCUGGCACAGAUUACCUGAUCGCUGGCCACGAAGCAAGCCAAACGGGCAGACUCCUGGUCAACAUGGACAGCCUCGUCACGCCAUGGCGCGUGGGCACAGCCAAAUGGGUGGCGCACAACCUGCGCGUGAGCUGCAAGUGACUGCACCAAGUUAACACGGCAUCAAGCUGAGGGGCAUCCGGAGUCUCGCCAUUCACUGUUGAUGUGUGCAAUCAGCUCUCAUUCAACCAAGUUCCAGGGUGAAGUAUAGAGGGAAACUACAAGAUGGCAACUGGCGAGAUUCCUCCUUCAAGCCAUCAUACACUCAUGCACCUUGCUUAGAGCGAAUGCUUCAACUGCCCCUGCCUCUUUGGUCUGUCUGUUACCUUGAAAGAUCAUGAACUCUUAGCAUCAAACAAUAUGAUAACAGCAUUUCUGAUUCAUGACUCUCUGACCCCUUCCAUGUUGCUCAUGUGGUCUGCACACUAAGUGCUCAGCCUGUGCUCUGGGUGGCUCUGCGCUUGGAGUUCAUAUGUACAAUGCUUUCUUCAACCCAGCACUUUGUCUUGCUUUAAACCCAACCAGUAGAUCAAUUCAAAUUAUGUUUUUUAAUGUUUAUUUGUGAACGAUUUCAGUACUUUGAGAAGUUAUUUUGUAAAAAUAAUUAAA